CUCUCUGCUUUUGUGUGUUUCCUCUCUGUUUUCUCAUUUCUGUACGUUCCCUGAGGAGGCUUUUCUCUCUCUCUCUCUCUCUUAACACAUCCUCCUCCUCUCGGAACUUCAUUCACUCACUCUCUCUCUCUCUCUCUCUCUCUCUUAACACAUCCUCCUCCUCUCGGAACUUCAUUCACUCUCUCUCUCUCUAUAUAUAUUUUCUCUCUCAACAGCCAUGUCUUCCGAUAACUUCACCGACAAAAACGCCGUCUUCCGCAAGCUCAAAGCCAAGCCGGACAACAAGAUGUGUUUUGAUUGCAAUGCGAAGAAUCCUACGUGGGCGUCGGUUACGUAUGGGAUCUUCUUGUGUAUUGAUUGUUCGGCGACGCAUCGUAGCCUUGGUGUUCACAUCAGUUUUGUUAGAUCAACAAAUUUAGAUUCAUGGUCUCCAGAGCAGUUAAAGAUGAUGUACUUUGGUGGAAACAACCGUGCUCAAGUUUUUUUCAAGCAGCACGGAUGGACGGAUGGCGGCAAGGUUGAAGCCAAGUAUACCUCCAGGGCUGCUGAAUUGUAUAAACAAUUACUAUCAAAAGAAGUUGCUAAAAGUAAAGCAGAGGAUGCAGGUUUGCCAGCAUCGCCUUUUGCCUCUCAGGCUGUGCAGAGUACGAAUGGAUUUUCUGAUGUUAAGACUAGUGAAGCUCCAAAAGAAACCUCAUCAUUUAAGGAAGAAACUCCUGCUUCGCCCAAAGCAUCACAAUCAGUUGUUACUACUUCAAUUAGGAAACCUAUAGGUGCAAAGAAAUCUGGGAAGCCAGGUGGUGGACUUGGAGCUCGGAAACUUACUAAAAAGCCAAGUGAAAGUCUCUACGACCAGAAGCCUGAAGAACCGCCUGUUCAAGUUUCUUCCUCCAAUUCUACAAGUAAUGCAUCAACUGUUGGUUCAUCAUUCGCAUCUCGCUUUGAGUACACAGACAAUGUCCAACCCGCUGAGAUGAGUUCUGGAGGCCCUCGUGUUCUUAACCAUGUAUCCCCUCCAAUGUCCUCCAGCUUUUUUUCGGACUACGGAAUGGACAGCGGUUUCACAAAGAAGACAAGUUCAAAUUCGUCAAAAGUUCAAAUUGAGGAAACUGAUGAAGCAAGGAAGAAGUUUUCUAAUGCAAAAGCCAUUUCAUCUGCCCAAUUCUUUGGUGAUAAGAGCAAAGCUGAAAUGGAAGCCUCAGUUUCUCUGCAGAAGUUCUCGGGUUCAAGUGCCAUUUCAAGUGCAGACCUUUUUGGUAACGAUGAUAGAGCAGAUUUGGACCUCACUGCUGGUGAUCUCAUUAACCGGCUCUCUUUCCAGGCACAGCAGGACAUCUCCUCUCUGAAAAAUAUUGCUGGAGAAACUGGAAAGAAACUUGGCUCCUUGGCAGCAACCUUAAUGUCCGACUUUCAAGACAGAAUCCUGUGAGGAAGUCACCUUGUGUUUAAAGUCGAGAUUUGUAUGAAUUUUUUUCAGAAAAUGAAAAUAAGAGUAGAACUCAUAGGUUUUUGAGGAAGCUGGUCUUGUCUUAUUAAAAAUUUCGUUAUGUAUGUUUUUCUUUUUCUUUAUUUAGUUCUUGAUAAGGUUCAUAGAGCUUUGUUAAACAUUUUACUGUGUACUAGACUGCGUCCGAGUUGUGAAAUCAGCGAAUUGUAAACUAGUGAAAACUAUUUCUCUUUAU